GUCAAAGAAAAAUUCUAGGACUGAUACAGUCAGCCAAAUAAAUUCACAAAUCUCGCACCAAAAUGGCAGCGCAACCAGGGCAACCAGGAGCAGGAGCAGUGCCAAAUAAAAGGCUGCAACAGACACAAGCUCAAGUAGAUGAGGUUGUUGAUAUUAUGAGAGUAAAUGUAGACAAGGUACUAGAAAGGGAUCAGAAACUCUCAGAACUGGACGAUCGUGCAGAUGCAUUACAGCAAGGUGCAUCACAGUUUGAGACAAAUGCUGGUAAGCUGAAGAGGAAGUAUUGGUGGAAAAACCUCAAGAUGUGGUUGAUCUUGAUAGCAGUUAUUGUGGUUAUCAUAAUAAUUAUUGUCAUCUGGGUAGCAACACAGUGAACAGUGUAUAUUAUCAACAAAGAAGUACACAAAGAGAAGAUACCAUCCUUUUAAAAUUUUCUUUUGUCAUAAUCAUCACCACCAAUAUUCAUUACUCAGCUCUUUACUCUGAUAUCCAAAAAAAAGCUGCAAUACAAUUGCUAUAGACCGUACAUUUUUUGCCGCCAGAAAUUUUCACAAUAUCACGAUCUAAGGGUUACUCACAAUGAUUAGAUUUGAGGAAAGUCAAGGUGACUCAAAAUUUCUCAAUUUUUCCUAAAUUGUGAAAUUCUCGAAAAUUUGUUGCGUGUGAAAUUGAAAUGGUUUACAAUAUUUACUUGUCUAUAAAGGAUGUCGUUGGCAAUGUUUAGUUCUAGUCAGGCAAUAUAUUGCUGUUUGGUGCUCCCACCUGUAUUGUCUUAUACAUAGGAACUUUGAGGUAUGGUUUUAUCUGAAAAGAAUAUAUAUAUAUAGAGUCGACUUAGCCCUCAACCAUCUUUCAAAAUGUUAGACCAGCAGAAUACAAGUUUUUUUUUGUAUUUGUAUAUAAAGUGAUUUUGCACUUGUAAGGGGGAGUCUGAAACUAAUGUACAUUUGUGCUUUUUUGUAAGUUUGAUGAUGACCUGCAAUAGACAUCAUUUGUGUCGCCCUUUUGCUGUAUUCUGGACAUUUUUUAGUACAGUGCACGCAGACUUGUCAUAUUUAGAAUCGUCUCUGUGUGUAGUUUGUUUGUAAAAUAUUUAGGACUGUGUAACGCCACGUCAUAGUUGGUUUUUAAAGAUGAUUGUUGUCAAUGUUUGAGGUUUUUGACCAGUUAUUUGUGUGAUGUAAGAAAUCCUGGUAAGGAUGAGUCAUUUCCUGCUUGUCAAUAUUCAUACAGAGCUCUUGGGUUUAUCUUCUCUGCCUUUUCUUUUAUCACAUAUAAUUGGUUCUACCAAUGAGCAUGAUGAGAUUUAUCCUAAUUGAAUUUGUAAAUUUAUACUCUGCCAUGUUGGUGAUGGUGGAAUAAAAACUGAUUUAUCAGAAUCACAGACAAAAACAGAAAUGUACAUUCUAUCAAUGUCUGAUGCCUCUAGAGGGCGCUGUUAUUAGUCAUGGUAAAGAAAACUAAAUUACCACACACAAAUAUCUGGUCAAGACCUGUCUGCACUUUCAAAUCGCAUUGUACUUAUGUUAUUAUUGUUAUUACUUAAAUUAAUCCAGCAUGCCAACUUUACAAAAUUGUGCCCCAGUUUUGUCUCGUCUUUUGUCUCAAUGAAUUUAUUAUUUAUUAUUGUCAUUAAUAUUUCUGCUGUGAGGAAUAAUUUUUGUGUCAGUUUUUGGUGGAUAAUUGUUGGAGAAGAUAAAAAUAGUAAUUAACAAAUUGUUUAAAUAUAUAUAUAUGAAUGUAUUAUUUAAAUACAAAAGAUGCCAAGGUGUCCGCGCAGUGUAUAUGCAUUACAUAGUGUAGACUGAUUUUAUUAGUGUACUUGAAGAGUCUCUGCAGUGCAUUGAUGAUGCGAUUUAUUUAUCCGCUGAGGUGUUUGUGUGUUUAUCACAGUAAAUAGUGUGGCCAUUAUGACUAGAUUCAUUUCGGAGGAGUCAUUUACAUAAACUUGAUUAAUCUCCGUAUGGUUAUUAGGUUAACUGGUAAAAUUGCUCUAAAAAUGUAUUUAGGUUACAAUUAGGAGUUGUAUUGUUGGAAAAAUUUUGUUUUAAACCUUUGACCUUUUAAGUAAUAUAUGUACCGAUACUGUAAUAAAUGCAAAACCUAUGGUAUUUGGAGGAAACCUGCCUUUCCAAUAACUGAA